CACAAUGGAGAAACUGAAACCAAAUAGAGGGCAGCGCUCCAGAUAAUAAAUAUUAGAAUAAAAGACGCGCUUUUAUUUCACAUAUGACAAAAUGUCGGUGGCAUUUUCGUCGGCGCGCCCCAGGAGUAAAGGGGAGGUGACGCAGCAAACCAUCCAAAAGAUGCUGGACGAAAAUCACCACUUAAUACAGUGUAUCAUGGAUUACCAAAGCAAAGGGAAGACGGCUGAAUGCACACAGUAUCAGCAGAUCCUGCACAGAAACCUUGUUUACUUGGCCACAAUAGCAGAUUCAAAUCAGAACAUGCAGUCACUACUACCUGCGCCUCCCACUUCCAAUAUGUCCAUGGGUCCUGGCGGGAUGGGUCCCAGCGGAGGACACGUUCCGAGCAACCUCAACGACGCCAUGGCACCACUGCUGCCCCUCACAUCCGUAAUGCCGAGCCAAAUGAGCAACAGCCCCAGCCAUGCCCCCAUGCAGCAGCAGCAGCAGCAGCAGCAGCAGCAGCAGCAGCAGCAGCAGCAGCAGCAGCAGCCGCCGUCUAUUCCCUCGACAUCCCUCAGCAGCUACUCUAGCUCGGCCUCUGCCUCCGGCUACAGCCAUGCUGCUCCUUCCUCCCAGGGCAGCAUGAUCCAAGGCCCUGGUCCUGGCUAUGGCUCUUCCUCUACAUCCUCCUCCUCUUCUUCCUCCUCCUCCUCCUCCUCCCGCAGCAACCUCAACAUGCAGUCCAACCAAGUCUCCAUGAUGCACCAACAAUCUGCCACUCCGCAUUACUCCUCAGCUCAGGCUGGGGGCCAGCACUAUCAGGGACAGCAGGCCAUGGGCAUGAUGGGACAGAGCGGUCAAGGAAACAAUCUGAUGUCUCAGAGGCCCAUUGGAUCUUACCGCUCUUCACAGCAAGGAUCUGCACAGCAGUACAUGGGACAAGACGAGUUCUACGGCGAGCAGUAUGGACACACUCAGAGCUCCAGCGAGCCCAUAAACCAGCAGUAUUACCCUGAUGGUCAUGCGGAGUACUCCUAUCAACAACAGUCUACAUAUGGUGAGCAAGGCUACGACCGGUCCUUUGAUGAAUCCUCACAGCACUACUAUGAAGGAGGUAACUCUCAGUACAGUCAACAGCAAGCCCAGUAUCAGCAGAGCUCUGGCCAGCAGCAGCAGCAGCAGCAGCAGCAGCAGCAGCCUCCGCCGCCCUUUGGCCAACAGCAGUACUCCUCUCAACAAGGCUACGCCGGUCAGACACAGGGAUAUGGACCUGGCCACGGCGGAUCCUCUCAGUAUGCGCAGUAUCAGCAGGGUCAAAGCCAACAGUAUGGUUCUUACCGCUCAUCCCAGGGAGGCCCUGGUGCACAGACGCAGAGGCCCUAUGCCUAUGAACAGGGUCAGUAUGGAAAUUAUCAGCAAUAAAGUACGACGUUGUUUUCCCUCCUGGUGCUGAGCUCAGCUAUCCUGUGGAUUAGAAGAUCUGGCUGCAUCAGAUUUAUUAUCAUUUCAUUGAUCAUGAGUCAUCAGUUUUGCAGAAUUUGUCAAAAGAAAUUGGAUUUGUGUCCGUUUUGCUCACUAUAAUGAGGUCCUAGCAGGUAGACUAAGAUGUAAAUUGUGACUGGUUACCAACAAAAUAUCAGGUAACUUGUAAGUCAUUCUGCCAUAUUGAUCAAUUACAAUUAUUGUCUUUAUCGCCUGCUUUUUACAAGCCUUUUUAUGCGUCAAUGUGGUUAUGAAUAGAAAAAUGGCCUUGAAGGAAAAUGCUUCAUCAGAUCUGGCAUUUAUUCCUCAUAGACUCACUGUUACAUCUCACAACUAUGGGGAUUUGUCUUGUGAUCCUUAAAUCUGACUCGAUCAGGUUAGUUUGUCUGUGUCAGUCUAAAUUGUGAUGUCCGGCUGUGUGUGUUCUAACAUUGCGUGUUUUCUGUCUACAUUAUGUCUACACAGACGACUGAGCGAGACUUUGACGUGUAAAUCGCUGUCCAUGAUAAUGCAUUCUGGUUUUCAGUGGCAUUUCGCUGUAUAGCAGAAGUGUGACACUACUCUGAUGCCACUCAGUUAGGAUUUUUACAUUGUCACUUUGUCUGCACUUUAUUUUGCAGUGACAGUAUAUGUAAUGUUUGAUAUUUUUGUCUCGUGCAAUAUUUUUUUUUUUUUUUAAAACAAAUAAUCCUCAAAAAGCCAAAGCAACCCAGGAAAAGUAGUUACACGUCCCACACCUCUCCUUCAAUAAGUGCAAUACACUUGGGUUGGUUCUUAUGAACUCUUACGAAAUCGUACCUUUCGUAGCUUCUCGACAUAAAACGAUGGUAGCGACUGUGGUUGUCUUGUGUUUCUUUUAAAUGUUAUGUUGUGGAAUUCAACUGAUAUGUAGUCAAAAACAUUUAUUUGACCUAUUUGUGACUCAUGAACAGAUUAUAGUAAUUCAGAUUAUUGUCAGUGAAAACUUUAACCAUCUGUGUCUGAAUUAGAUGAAGGAAAUAGUGAAAAAUUUGACAAGGUUGAAGGUUAGUUAUUGCACACUUUUUACCUGCCUACCUAGCUAAAUACCUACCCUUUGACCUAAUGCCCUACCAUUCUACCAUUCUAUCUACCUACCCUUCAACCUAAGUACCCUCCUACCUAAUUAACUACCUAUGUAUUCUCCUACUCAAUUACUACCAACCUAAUUACACACCCACCCAUCUUUCUUUCUGUCUAUAUUUGUGUAGGAUCUAAUUGCUCGAUUAGAUUUUUUUAAUUUAUAAUAGGUCAGACACGUCAUCAUUCACUUUCACGGUUUAUCAGUGUGACUGUGAGGGUUCAGCUUUGCAGUAUUUAUCCUGUCCUAACUCAACGUACCUCAGAAGGGUUAACUAACACUAAUAGUUGCAGUCUUUUUAACAGGGUUAAAGACAAAUGAGAGAUAUCUGGCUGUCAAACAGCUAAAUAACGAUAUGUACCACUCAACAGUGACAAUCACAGGCUUCUCUAGACUACAAUGAAUCUGUGUCGGUGUUUAAUUUUUUUUUUAAAUGUGGUCUGAAAUGCAUACGGCAAGUCUAUUCCAGUUCUCUGUCGUGUGUGAUCGCUGAUGUGAAUUGUAUGCCUUGUUUGUGUGUGUGUAUGUUUGCAUGAAUGCUGGAGAGAGAAUAUGUGAAAGAGAUGCAGUGAGUGGAAGAAAGUAUAGUUUGGUUUGUUUAAUCCAAAUAUGAAUGUUCUCUACUGUACUUUGUAAGACUGCGCUGCCCGAUCUUUUCUGCUUGUAUUUUGUUACUGUUUGUUUUAUAAAAAUAAACUUGACAUCCACCUUU